AUGCGAGCAGAGUUUGCUGUAAAUGGCACAGGAAUCCCCGAGGUAGACUUCGACAUUGGCGAGUCUUACGCCGGAACGCUGCCCAUUGACGGGAACAGCUCUAAUGCCAAUCAACUGUUCUUCUGGUUCUUCCCAUCCGACAACCCUGACGCCAGCGACGAGAUCACUAUCUGGCUGAAUGGAGGGCCCGGGUGCAGUUCGCUUGACGGGCUGCUCCAAGAACAUGGACCAUUUCUCUGGCAAAGCGGUACAUAUGCGCCACAACCGAAUCCAUUCUCCUUUGUGAAUCUCACCAACAUGGUCUACGUGGACCAACCGAUUGGCACGGGCUUCUCACCUGCAGCCGACGGAGCACCUGCAAACAUCACCGACGAGGUCGACGUCGGUCGAGAUUUCUCAGGCUUCUGGAAGAAUUUCAUGACCACGUUCAACCUUACGGGUCGAAAAGUCUACUUGACGGGAGAGUCGUAUGCUGGACAGUAUAUCCCCUACAUUGCAAGCUACAUGCUAGACCAGAACAACACGGACUACUACAAUGUAAAGGGCAUCCAGAUCAACGACCCCAGCAUUGCAGAAGAUUCCGUUCUGAUCCAAGCCCCAGCCGUGACGCAUCUUAAUAACUAUGCCAACAUCUUUGCGCUCAACCAGUCAUUCAUGAGUGAUAUCAACGAGCGCGCUGCAAAGUGCGGCUACCUCGAUUUCAUGGAGAAGGCCUUGACUUUCCCUCCCGCUGGCAAGUUCAUCGCGCCAAACGAUAGCGCUCCAGGCUGCGAUGUCUGGGACGAUAUCGUAACAGCCGAGAUCCUCAUCAAUCCUUGCUUCAACAUCUAUCAUCUGACCGAUUUCUGUCCGUUUCUCUGGGACGAGCUUGGAUUUCCCUCUCUUGCGACCGGCCCAAACAACUACUUCAACCGCAGCGACGUCCAGAAAGCGAUCAACGCCCCGCCCACAAACUACGCCAUCUGCGGCGAUGACACCCUCUUUCCAGACGGUGACCUGUCCGAGCCCUCCAGCUACUCGGCCCUGCCCUCGGUUAUCGAGCGCACCAACAACGUCAUCGUCGGCAGCGGCUUGCUCGACUACCUCCUCCUGACCAACGGCACGCUCAUGGCGCUGAACAACAUGACCUGGAAUGGCGCACAGGGCUUCUCCAAAGCACCCAGCGAUCUGUUCUUCGUCCCCUACAACCCCUAUAUCAACCAGGUCAUCAACGAGACUGAGUCCCAGCCCAUCCCCGCCACGCCGGUCGGGCUGCAGGCUGGUGCCGGGUACCUGGGCAUCACGCACACGGAGAGAGGCCUGACGUGGGUCACGGUCGAUCUUGCCGGCCAUGAGAUCCCCCAGUAUGCUCCCGGUGCGUCGUACAGACAGCUUGAGUUCUUGCUAGGCAGGAUCGGCAGUUUGACAGACAUGGGAUCUUUCACGACCUUGAAUGAUAGCUUUGUUGGGAAUGCGAGGAGGCUGUAG